AUGUCAAAGCCAAUCAAUCUUCAAUUAGGAUGGCCAUCGACCCGUCUUUUCCCAGUCGAGCAACUUGCUGAAGCUACACAGGCCGCCCUAAGUGAUCCUGAAGUCGCAAGUUCUGCUCUCAUAUAUGGCCCAGACUUAGGAUAUGCUCCAUUGCGGAAGUCAAUCGCUAGCUGGCUAUCUUCUUUUUACCAACCCGCCGCUGGAGAGAUACCCUCUGAACGAAUAGCGAUUACUGGUGGUGCUUCUCAAAAUUUGGCCAAUAUCUUGCAAGUGUUUACGGAUCCAGAAGUCACGCAGCGAGUAUGGAUGGUAGAGCCAACAUACUUCCUCGCAUGUACCAUUUUCCAGGAUGCUGGGUUUUCAGAAAAGUUGAGAGGUGUUCCAGAGAAUGACGGGGGGAUCGACGUAAAAUGGCUCAGGAAAGCUCUCGUUGAAUUCGAAGGUCGUAGUGACAGUCAUUCCAGUCAUAGGACAAAGCCGUCAGAGCAGUAUCAAAAGAUUUACAGGCAUGUUUUGUACUUGACACCUACCUUCUCAAAUCCAAGUGCGAAGACUAUGGGUACGAACGUUCGAGAACAGCUAAUAGAUCUGGUGCGAGAAUAUGAUAUUCUGAUAAUCUCGGAUGAUGUAUACGAUUUCUUGAGAUGGCCAGAAGAACCUACUAGCGAGUCAACAAAGCUCACACCAAUCCCUCCACGAUUAUCAGAUGUUGAUAGAGCUACGAGCUCGGAUGAUGAAUGGGGAAAUGCAAUCAGCAACGGCUCGUUUUCCAAAAUCGUGGCUCCAGGCGUUCGGGUUGGAUGGGCUGAAGGGUCACCGAAGCAGAUUCUUAGACUCAGUGAGACAGGAUCGACUCGAUCAGGAGGCGCUCCCUCACAUCUAACCUCAACUUUCAUCAACCACCUCCUUACCUCCGGGUCGUUGCAAAAACACAUCGACGAGGUCUUAAUCCCAACAUACCAAUCCCGCUACCGAGUCCUCAUGACCGCUAUAAAACAAUACCUCCAACCUCUCGGCGUUCUCAUAACCACAGGCUCCCCAUACAUGGAAACAACAGAGAACACCACAAUCGUGCCAGCAGGCGGGUUCUUCACCUAUAUCACUUUCCCCCCCGAACUUCCAAGUGCCGAUAUAAUUGCGAAGAGAGCAAAAGAAGAAUAUUCUCUAAUAUUUGCUUAUGGGGAGAUGUUUGUUGUUCAGGGAGAUAAGACGAGUUCUGAGAGGUCGCAUAAGGGGUUUGGAAGGGGUGCGAGGUUGUGCUGGGCGUGGCAUGAGGAGAAGGAGAUGCAGGAGGGGAUCGAAAGACUGGCGAAGUUGUUGAGGAUUAUGCUUAAAGAAUGUCAGACAUAG